UCCUACCAUGUUUCUGCAAAGAGAAGAAAAUAUAAGAAGAAAAUCGACUACGCGAUACUGACGCUUGGAUUGCUGGUAGGAUAUGACGAGCACGGAUGAAUGCCCGCGUGUGAUCGACGAGACGAUCAAGGGGUUGGGUGGCAUCGAUAUCAUUAUUUCGAAUAUGGGAUGGACACGAUUCUCAAACUUCGCAGAUCUGGAUGCCAUGGAUUACGAUGAGUGGGACAAGUGCUGGUCAGCCAACGUCAAAGUGCCUCACGCGCUCCUCAAAGCGGCGAAACCAACUUUGGAGGCCAAUGCCGAUGGAGGUGUAAUGAUCACUACGGGGUCUAUUGCGGCCUUGACUCAGGGUGGCUCCUCCAUGCCGUACUCGGUGACCAAAGCCGCACAGCUCCAGCUCGUCAAGUGUCUAGGGCAGACCCAGGGCCCCAAAAUCAGGGUCAAUACCGUACUUCCGGGUCUGCUGCUCACAGAAUGGGGUCUCAAAUACCCGGAAGACAAGAUCGCGGCUCUCAAGGACGCGGCCGUGUUGAAGCACGAAGUCUAUCUGGAUGAUUGCGCAGAUGCCUUUAUCAUGCUAGCCAAGAACACAAGCAUGACGGGUAUGCGAAUCCAGGUCGAUGCAGGUUUGAAUGUCCAAGCAGGCUAG